GCCUGCAACUUUUCCCGUCGAGGACGGGACGAAGCGGGACGUACGUGCACACUCAAUCAAGCGCUCCCUGCGCAGAAGGCCGAGCAGCGGAGACUGGGGUUUCUUUCACAGCAACGUGUGUGCAAUUGUUGAGUCGGUAUUCGGGCGCGCGAGAAGGUUCUUGGUGCCCGCGUGCGGCGGAAGUGCAGCUCGCGUUAUAUUUUGACCUGGAUCAUCUUUGAUCGAGGUAGGAGGGCCUCUGGAAGAGGAGAGAGGAUCGCGACUCAGCGCGAGGCGGCAGGAGGCCAGGCGACAAGAGCCCGCCCGUCUGUGAGUGGGUAGGAGGAGAAGGAGAAGGGGGCGUCCCUGAGUGGUUGCAUGGACAGCAGUGCGACCGGAGAGGAGAGCGACUCCGGCAGCAGCUCCAGCAUGGUCGUAGACGUGGUCCCUACCUCGCGUGCACGUGGAGGAGGUACGCAGGAAGUCAGCGGUGACGCCUCGUCACCUUUGUCGAGGGGUUCGAGCAUGUCGCCUGCCACUCGUUCAUCCCCGCGUCUGCAGCGUAGGCGAGGCGAGAACGCGCCAGAGAACGACCCUUCAUCUCCAUCGAGUGGCGCAGACGAUCAUGGUCAUGGAGUGGCCACGCACGUGCAGAGGGCCACGAUUUUCCUGCCGUACAGGGGGAUCAUGUCCCUGUCCAAUCCCCUAUCCCAUGGGUUGUUGAAAGAUCUUGGCAAACUUGCAGAGUUGAAAGGGCGGGGUCUGAUUCUUGAACGUCACCUCGAGACGAUAAAAACACAUAACGGUAUCUUCGACGAAGGAGAGUGGAUCGCGCAGAUUGAUGGUGAAAUCCAGGGCAUUACCAGCAGCACCCGCCUGUCCUUGUCAUCCCAACAAGAUGCCAGCAGCGCACGAGGUGCUGCUGCACCUUCUCAGCACCCACCUGCUGCUGCAGCGGGUACCGCGAGGAGGAAGGUGGAUCGAAGGAAGCACGUCAGGGAGAGAGCUGCGAAAGGCAUGUUAGGCGGCAACAUCUGCAACGCGUUCUCGAUUGGCAGCGGACAACCGGUGAGUGAGCGGACUCGUGGUGGAGUGCAAGAGUUCGUAUCCGGUAUCAGCUUCCCGCCUCCGGCCCCGGAGUCCCGCCGAUCCUGCCCUCACUGUCCCAUGACCUUCGUGAACGAGCAAGGCCUUGGGAUCCACGUGAAAACUCAUCACAGUAGUGCAAACAUGUCCAACGGCGUGCGGCUGCGGCGGAUGCUACGGAAGAAUCUCGAAGGGCGUGUCCUGCCGUGGGAAGAAGCCGGGCCUGGGCGUUGUGGGCACCGGAAGCGCUUUCUCGAUCUAGACUCGGAAAGCGACGGCUUUAUGGACCGCGAAACCAAGGAAACUUGUGGAGCUCCCAAGCGUAGGCGAUACGACUAUAGGGUCAAAGCCAGUGCUGUCAGCCAGCUGCGCAUCCUCGAGGACAACGACGCGGACCUCUGGAAGGAGGAGGAGCGCACGCCUCUUCAGAACUUAGCGGAUCGUCUCAAGGUUCACUACAGCAACAUCGUGAAGUGGACCAACGACGAGAAGGCCAUAGUCGCGGCGGCAGCAGACGACGUGAAGAAGAGCCUCCUCGCCAAGCAGCAGCCUAAGCGGUGGUUUCCUGAGGCAGAAAAGGGGCUUUGCAAGAUGUUCGUGGAGCGGCGUAAGAGGAAGCUGAAGGUAUCGACGCUGUGGCUGACGAUCACGUUCCGGAAGCUCGUGCGAGAGAUAUAUCCGGGGGACCAAAGGGCGGCGGCGUUCCGCGCAUCCUUCAGGUGGGCACGAAAAUGGGCCAAGAGGCACAACCUGUACAAAAGACGUCGGACCAACCCCAAGAACAAGGUGCCCGAUGAGUCGGACGUAUCGGCGAUUACGACGGUCGCAGAGAGGGAGUCCAGAGUUCCCAAGUAUGGUCAAUUCCAGCUCUGGGAGCGUUGGAAUGUUGAUCAAGUGCCUUUGGCAUUCGUAAACGGGCUGCUCAAUACGUGGGAGGAGCGAGGUGCGAAGCGUGUCGCCAUCUCACAGCCCUUUCCUGGCCUAGAGAAAAGGCAGUGCACCAUGCAAGUCAUCUUUGGUCCGGGUGAGAAGACCUUGCUAAUUUCGGUGAUUUUCCGAGGCACGGGGAAGCGGAUCUCGCUGGUGCAGAAGGCCGCGUACCACAAGGACGUGGACGUGUUCUUCCAGGAGAAUGCUUGGGCCGACCAAAAGUUCUUGCCUUUGGCAUUCGUAAACGGGCUGCUCAAUACGUGGGAGGAGCGAGGUGCGAAGCGUGUCGCCAUCUCACAGCCCUUUCCUGGCCUAGAGAAAAGGCAGUGCACCAUGCAAGUCAUCUUUGGUCCGGGUGAGAAGACCUUGCUAAUUUCGGUGAUUUUCCGAGGCACGGGGAAGCGGAUCUCGCUGGUGCAGAAGGCCGCGUACCACAAGGACGUGGACGUGUUCUUCCAGGAGAAUGCUUGGGCCGACCAAAAGUUCUGUAUGGAGUGGGCUAAGAGGUCCUACCGCGAAGGCCUGAUGCACGGGCGGGGUGAGCUUUCCAAGGCGAGGUCCAUUCUUAUCAUGGACAGCUUGUACGCGCAGACGACGGACGAGUUCAAGGAGUAUCUUGCGAAGGAGUGCAACACUCUCGCCUGGUAUGGCCCUUCGGAGUGGACGGACGAGGUGCAGCCAGUUGAUGCAGGAGCCGGACGAUUUUUCAAGGUGGAAGCUGGGAGGCAGGUGGACAUGUGGUUCGAGCAGUCGGACAACCUCGAGAGGUGGGAAACCGCGGCGCUGACAGCUUCUGAUCGGCGGGUACUGAUCACUCAGUGGAUUGGAGCGGCCAUGGCAAGACUCAACAGCCAACAGGCGUUCCGAUUCCGCCUUUUCGAAAAGUGCGGGAUGGCCAUGACUGUCGACGGUUCAGGCGAUGAUCGGAUCACCUUGGAGGGUUUGGACAAGCCGUACACCUUCGCAAACGAUGAAGACUGUAGCGAGGACGAAGAAGGUUUGGAGAACGGCAGCGAUGAGCCUGAGGGGCGGGGGAAGGAGGGCGCUGGACGUGAGACGGUCGUGGGGGGCGCUGAUUCCAGCGAUGAUGAAGACGACGGCGGCACGUCUCAAACCCAGACCGAUGAGCUAGCUCUUCUCAACGUCGACGACAGCAUGGACCCACAAGACCCGGAGGACGAGACACAAGGAAUGGAGAUCCCGACAGGCUUUCGCAUUCAAGAAGUUAAACCCGUUGCUCUUGACAGAUUGCUUUUGCGACGUGGAGUGCUCGUUAGGCUGGGGAUGGGGUGGUUUGGAGGGUUGAUCAUUCAGCAAUCUCAGCCGGACACUCGUCACCGGUACGGCUACUGUUUGCAGCUGGAGCUAGACCAGAGUACGCGCAAGAUGAAGCUGCCCUUAGACAAGUACACCAGAGAUCUGGAUGCGACGGUAGGCUACUGGGUUUUGCUUGAGAGCGUUAGUAGAUCGGGGAGGGUGGCUGCUCCGCUAGGCCGCCGCAUUGAGAUCAUUCGGUGCGACAGAGGAGGGGAAAACGUCGCCAACAUUUUCACCGCGUACUGCAUGGACUCAGGCAUCACCAUCGAAUAUGCCGCGACCAACACGCCUCAGCAGAAUGGCGUGUCCGGGCGAGACGGGCAAACCCUGACGACAAUUACCCGCUGUCUCAUGGAGGAUGGAGCCUUUCCGCCUACCCUGUGGGGGGAACUUAUGAUGACGGCAGUGGACCUUUCCAACCGGUCACCUCAUUCGGUACUAGGAGGCGUCACCCCGUACUUCAAGAUGUACGGCAAGGAAGCGGACCUGUCUCGCCUCCGGGUCAUCGGGGCCAGAUCUUUCGUGAAUUACGAGCGGUACACGAAGAAACUGAGUGACCGCACGUUCGAAGGCAAACUCUGCGGCUUCAGUCGAGACAGCAAGACCUACCGGAUCUACAAUCCUGCAACCGGCAACGUAGUGGAAAGCAGGAACGUGACCUUCAUUGAGACACCAGCGUACUCCAUGCCACCCAGUGUGCUCGAUGACGACAACUUCUAUUGGAGGGACGUCCUGAACUUCACGUCUGUUCUAGGCAAGGUAUCCACCAAAGAAGACGAGUUCGACGGAUCGGGAACCCUCGACACCGUCGACAUGGAAACCGAGAAUCAGCUCCUCCGACAAGAGAUCCGCCUUAUGCGACACAACAACUUGAUUCGGGAAGAGAUUCGACAACAGGCGAUCGACACGGGACAUGACACUCCGCCCAGCCCGCCGACUUCGCCUCAGCAAGGAUCCUUGGAGGAGGAGCGCAUCAAAAUCCCGAACAGCUACAAGGAGACCAUCAACUCCCCGCAAGCGCCACAGUGGAAAGCAGCCAUCGCAAAGGAGAUGGACAGUCUGGCGGAACACAAGGGCUACAAGUCGGUCUCCAUCACCAGCGUUCCCAAGGAAGAGAAGAUCCUAGGUACAAGGUUCGUCUUCAAACAGAAAGCUGACGGGAAAUUCAAGGUCAGUCUGGUGGUUCAAGGCCAGGUGCAGGAGUCUGGCAUCGACUACAGGAGGAGCUACGCACCGGUGUGCCGCAUCGGGAGCGUUCGCACCUUACUCGCUAUAGCAUGCGAACAAGGAUGGUCAGAAUCUCAGAUGGACUUCGCCGUGGCGUUUCUGCAGUCUGCAAUUGACAAGACGUCUGGGUCAAGCCCGCCCCAGGACAAAGACACAAAGCAUCCCGCGACUGGGGACAUCAUUGUCUACAAGCUCGAACGCAGUCUUUAUGGGAUUUCACAGUCGCCAGUGCUCUGGUUCGACACCAUGGGAGACGUCGGCGACACUCUCGUCAUCCUAACUCUGGACGUCGACGACAUCCUCAUCAGCGGAAAGGACCCCGAGCUCGUAGCUGGCCUCAAGAAAGAACUCCACGACCGCUUCGAAAUGACGGACAUGGGGGAAGUCAGCCUCAUUCUAGGCAUGCAAGUCACGUGCAGCUACGAGGAAGGCACACUGACAGUCUCGCAGAACAAUUACAUCAAGACUAUCCUGGAAAGGGUCGGCAUGGAAAACCCCAACCCCGUCAAGACUCCAGGAUAUGGACCGGAACUCUCUACUGAUCAGCCAGCAGACAAGCUACUCGGAGCGGCAGACACCAAACUGUACCAGCCCAUCACAGGCAACCUGCUCUACCUGGCUCAAUGCACCAGCAUUAGCCACGACGGCGGAGAUGGAUAG